CCUGAUGAUCCGGAACUUUCGAUACGCCUAUGUUUACUAAAUUAUUUUUCGCUAUAUAAUCCGGAACAAGCACUUCAAAGUCUUAAACAAUGCCUUCGUUAUGAUCCCGAGCACAAAGCAUGUAAAACACUUCAUAGAUUUAUUAAGAAGAUUGAAAAAACAGUGGAUAGAGUUAAUAACGAUAUUGAGGGACACAGGUGGAAGAAAGCAAUAAGCAAGUUGCUAGAACCACUCAAUAAAGGCCUUAUAAAUGAAAUUGAAGAUGAACUUCAGAAUUUAAACGAAGGUCGCCAACGAAAUGAAUUGUUAGCAAAAUUAUACGGAUGGACUUGUAAAGCAUAUAAAGAGUUAAAAGAAUAUAAAAAAGCGUUGCAAUGGUGUGGUAACACUUUGAAGUUAGAUGAAAAUAAUGUAGAAGCACUGAUUAAUCGGGCUGAAGUAUUAAUAGAAGAAGAAGAUUAUGAAGCAGCAUUAAAUGAUUACAAAAAAGCUCAUGAUUUGACGCAAGGACUUGACAAUCGUAUUAAACAAGGCUAUUUAAAAGCUGAUCGUAUGCUCAAACAGUCUAAGAAGAAAGAUUAUUACAAAAUUUUAGGUGUUUCAAGGAAAGCGGAUAAGAAAGAAAUCAAAAGAGCAUAUCGAAAAUUGGCACAAGAAUGGCAUCCUGACAAAUACAAAGGUGAUUUAUCUCAGGAUCAAGUUGCCGUUAGAAUGAGUGCUAUAAAUGAAGCUUAUGAAGUCUUGAGUGAUGAUG